CCCCGAGCCCGACGCACCGGAGGAUGAAAUGGGACAUGACUUAUGGAUUAGUCCCGUGGCAAACAACAAACCAUCGACCCGCUCUGUGGCCGAUGUGCGGCCGUGCGAAUGUUGUGAUGAAAACCUCCGAACCCAAACUGCUGAACGCCAACAGGUCAACCACCAGGAAGCGGCUCGGCGUGGCGGACAUCCGUUUAAUGAUCGAAACAUAAGCUGAAGUAUCCAAAACAAAUGAAGUCAGUCCCAGCGGGGGUUGGGGUGCUCCAGCGGGCCUGCUGCCGUCCCGAAGCCUCCAGGCGGUCUCACGCAGCGGAACUCGAGGAAUCGAUGGCGGCGGUCAGAGUGGAGCUGGCCGGGCUCCUGCUGGCUGCUGCUGUCCUACGGCUCUGGCGCCGCGCGACGGGAGGCGGGUCUCCAGGUCCAGGUGAUGCGGACAGCUCACGUCCUGUUUUGUUUAUUUCAAACCUUUGGGGAGCGCGUCACGGCUGCAUGACCCGGGCGGACGUCCACCAUCGGCAGUCUGUCGCCGGCGCUCAGAGUCAUAGCCAUGGACGAGUGAAGAUGGGGGACUGGAACUUCCUGGGGGGGAUCUUGGAGGAGGUCCACAUCCACUCCACCACGGUGGGCAAGAUCUGGCUGACCAUCCUGUUCAUCUUCCGCAUGCUGGUCCUGGGCGUGGCGGCCGAGGACGUGUGGAACGACGAGCAGAGCGCCUUCGUCUGCAACACGGAGCAGCCGGGCUGCAGGAGCGUCUGCUACGACCGCGCCUUCCCCAUCUCCCUGAUCCGCUACUGGGUGCUGCAGGUGAUCUUCGUGUCGGCCCCCUCGCUGGUCUACAUGGGCCACGCCCUGUACCGCCUGCGGGCGCUGGAGAAGGUCCGCCAGCGCCGCAAGGCCCUCCUCCGCCGCCAGCUGGAGCUGCUGGACGCGGCGGCGGCGUCGGCGGCGGCGCGGCGGCGCGCGGAGCGGCAGGUGAAGCAGGUGGAGCAGGGCCGGCUCAACAAGGCGCCGCUGCGGGGGGCGCUGCUGCGCACCUACGUGGCGCACGUGUUCACGCGCUCGGCCGUGGAGGUGGGCUUCAUGGCGGGCCAGUACCUGCUGUACGGCGCGCGGCUGCGGCCGCUGUACCGCUGCGAGCGCGCCCCCUGCCCCAACGCCGUGGACUGCUACGUGUCGCGGCCCACCGAGAAGAGCGUGUUCAUGGCGUUCAUGCAGGCCAUCGCGGGGGUCUCCCUGCUGCUCAACCUGCUGGAGAUCCUGCACCUCGGCUACAAGAAGCUCCGCAAGGUCUUCAGCUACGGCCCCCGUCCCCCCGGGGGGGCCGACCGGCUCCUGGACGGCCCCCACCCCGACGCCCGCUACAGGGGGUCCUCCCUGGGGUGGGGGGGGGGGGCCCGCGCCGCCCGGAAGACCACCGUGGCCUCGGCGCCCAGCGACUACGACCUCCUGCUGGAGCGGGCGCGGUGCGGCUCCACCUGCCUCCUCCACCCCCCGCUGCCCCCCGGGGGGGCGGUCCUGGGCGACCCGGAGUGUCCGGGGUGCGGCCCCGCGGAGCGGGAGCUCUCUCCGAGCCCCCCCGGGAGCCACCGCCUCCCCCAGGAGGGGGGGGGGGAGGAGGAGGACCGGGACACCAGUGACGCGGACCUCCCCGCACUGUGCUCCCCGAAACGCUGCCGGUGGGCGGGGCCAGCCCCCCCGGGGUGCGCCCCCCCGGGGUGCGCCCCGCGGAGGCAGUGGAACCGCUGCUCCACCGUGAUGGAGAGCCGGAGCUCCGACACCGACUCCUACGGCGACGCCACGGCCUUGGCCGGGGGCGGGGGCGGCCCCCCCGGUGUGUGGACCCGGGCCAAGGCCGACCGCAAGAGGCCCAGCCCCCGCCCCUCCUCCCCAGAGUCCCAGGAGGACUCCAGCGAGGGGACCCGGCACAGCCCCAGACCGCCGUCCUCCAACUGCAAGACCUCCAUGGGGAGCUGCAGUAGCAGCAGGAGGCCGGACCUCCAGAUCUGAGGCUCCAGACCCCCAGACCUGAGGCCUUCAGUCCUCCUGACCUGAGGCUCCAGACCCCCAGACCUGAGGUCUCAGACCCCCAGACCUGAGGCCUUCAGACCUCCAGACCCCCAGAUCUGAGGCUCCAGACCCCCAGAUCUGAGGCUCCAGACCAUCCGACCUGAGGCCUUCAGACCUCCAGACCUGAGGCCUUCAGACCCCCAGACCUGAGGCCUCAGACCCCCAGACCUGAGGUCUCAGACCCCCAGACCAGAGGUCUCAGACCCCCAGACCUGAGGCCUCAGACCCCCAGACCUGAGGCUCCAGACCCGAGGCUCCAGACCUGAGGCCCCAGACCUGAGGCCUUCAGACCCCCAGACCUGAGGCUCCAGGUAGCAGAGAACAUUUGUAUUCAUUAGAAUAAAGUACCGGCUUGGCCACCCUGUGCCGAGUCUGGCUCCAGCCCCACGUUUUCACAAUAGUUGUAGAACUCCGAGCCAAUCAGAUUGAAGGGCUGGGUUGGAGGGUUGGCAUGGCAACACAUGGACUACAUGUACAGCAUGGAUAAGCUAUGUUUUGGUUAAUGUGUAUUUUGUAUAUUUUUACAGCUGGUGUUUGUAAUAAAGUUAUGUUACUUUUCCAAUCAAUAUUUCUCAACGG